AUGGCGUCGACCUCACGAGCGCUACGAGGCCUGUCCGUCCGCGCCUUCUCGACUUCGGCACCGGCCUGCGAAGAAGUCGCCGCCACCACAGCAGCCGCCGCCGCAACGACACAAACACCACCCGUUUCGUCGCUGGGUCAGGACAAUGUCUUUACUCCCAGAGCUGAGCGCAAGCUCCUUCGUACCCGGGGCCUCACUCCUGUCGGUUCUCGCAGACGCCGUGCCGCUAUCCUCUCGGGUUCACGCAUCCCCUUCGAGCAAUUGCCCUACCAAUGUUUCCAAGAAGCCCGCAAAGUCUUGAUCCAGCACCGCGCAGAGAAGGUCCAGGACAUCGACGUCGAGCGCCAGAAGAUUGCCAGACUCAAGGCUCAGUCCGUCGAGCCUCAGAACGAGCAACGGCAUCAACACCGCAUCAACAGCAUGCAGCGUUAUCUGGACGAACUCAAGAUUCACGCAGACAUCAACGACCCCAUGGUCAAGAGGAGGUUCGAAGACGGCAAGGGCGACAUGGACAAGCCCAUCUACCGCUAUCUCGCCGACAAGAAGUGGCGCCAGUACGACCGUAUGAUCAUCAUGCAGCGUAUCUCCCAGAUGAACGUCGUACCGGACGUCUUGCCCGCCAUCGACCCUACCCUCAACGUCUCGCUCUCCUUCGGUCCCCGCGACGUCCAGCCCGGUGAAUUUGUCGACAGCAGAGUGUCCGAGAUCCCUGGCCACCUCAACAUCCAGCCCUACGACAAGGGCGAGCGCCAUGUCAGCAUUGCCAUUGUCAACCCAGAUGUGCCCAACGUCGAGGCAGACGCCUUCGACUACCGCUGCCACUUCCUCGCUUCAAACAUCAAAAUCUCCCCCACCCAGACUUCCGUCUCACUCGGCAAGCUGACUGACGACCAAGUCAUUCUCCCCUGGUUGCCCGCAUACACUCAAAAGGGCCUUGCCUACAGCCGCAUGUCCAUCUUCGUCCUCGAGCAAAAGGAUGGUCAGAUUCUGGACGCAAAGGCUCUAUCACAACGCUACGAGCACAACGACUUCAUUCUCAGGAGCUUCGUCGACAGACAUCUCUUGAAGCCUGUCGGUGUGAACUUGUUCAGAAGCAGACACGACGAAGGUACUGCCGGUGUUAUGCAAAGAGCCGGUAUUCCUGGUGGUGAUGUCGAGUUCAAGAGGAAGAAGAUUGAGCCUCUGCCUUACAAGAAGCUGCCUGGUUCAAGAUACAGGUAG